AUGGCCAAUAAUCGGGUUCCAAUCAACUAUGAGGUUCCUUCCUUCCCGUCCUUGUACGAUCCCCUGCCGUCACAUCACCAGCAAGCAUAUUACCUCUACUACACGAAGGAUAUAUGGCGGUUUACGCUGUUCUGGACACUGGUGUUCUACGCUGCGACACAUCUCACGGUCGCAGGCUGCGCUGUGAUAACCCAGUGCCGUAAUUGGAGUCUGAUCUGGAUUGUGCCGCUGGUGUACAGCUUCGUUGCAGGACUCGAAGGGCUUUUGGCUGGGAGUAUAGUUGGGCUUGUGUACGUGGACUGGAUAACGCUGGAGAUCCGACACAAAAUAUUGAGUGCUGACUCUGCUGCAUAUAGACUCGGCGCUGUAUACGAGGCAGGGAACUUCAGGAUGUCGACUUGGCUACCGAUGAUAUGGGGAGGUGUCAACGUGAUGGUUCUCAUUGUCACCAGCUUUCCCAUGCAAGGUGGUCUUUGA